AUGUUGCGCUUUCAGAACGGAACGGUGAUUGUCCUGAUGAAGCGUCAUUUCUUCACAACGGUUCUCAAGAGCAACUUACCACAGAUCAUCGCCAAACUAGCGACCGUACCAGAUAUAGUGCUCACUGAAGUAUUUAGAACAGUCACCCUGGAUGAAGAGUGUAUCAGCACUUAUCGAACGGCAUGUGAGGUGGCCGGUCAUGUGCGUGAUCUUCCACUUUGCUGUCAAGCAGCAAUUGGGGCGUCUUUACUGUACCCAGCAGACAGCUUUCUGUUUCUCUUUUAUCACUUGCACCGUCCUGAUCUCACUCAACGACUGGAUAAAGAUUUCCUGAUCAAGAUCGACCGAGGUACCUCAAUAUCAAUGGUGAGCGAUGAAGGUGUGACUGCAGUGAGAGAAGGACCGGGCAAUACAGCUGAAGCUGAUAAUGGCCAGUACGCAGCAGCACUAAGUGAGCUGAUCAAGGAAGGUGUCCAGCUGAUACCGUACGGGCGCCUGAUAAUGUGCGGGCCGGGCCGCACAGGCAAGAGCAGCUUCCUGCGAUCCCUCCUGCGUCAAGCAUUCAUGUCAAAGGUCGAUAGUACCAUCGGUGUGGAGCUGGAGAAGGUGAUAUGCACGAUCGAGAAGCAAGGGUUAAAGUAUGUCUGGAAGCAAGCUGAAGAUUCUUACCAGCAGCAGUUGGCCCUGACGCACAGAGCUGUUGGACAAGAACAAAGGAAGAAAGAGAUAGUAGCAGCACUGAGACAACAAGGUGUGGAGAUCCCAAAGAACACCAGGUCCACAUCCUCCAUGCCAUCAACACCCGUGACAUCACCAUCCGCUGUGAUUGAGACUGAGCAAGCAGAUGCAGCCAGUGUGUGUGAAUCUGCUGUCAGCCAACAGGAUGAAGCCACCCACACCGGGUACUCUGGUCAAUCAGCUACCAGUUCAUCUGACACCAUGGACUCUCAGAAUGUUUCCACUGCAUCCGAGCCGGAGGAGGUCUCAACCAUGAGUGUACAACAGGUAGCAACAGCAGAGCAAGAUGUGCAGCAGCUACAGACGGAAAUCAACUCAGCAACGCAGAAGUUUGAAGGCUUCAUUGAAGAUCUGAAGAAGGGCAAAAGUGAAGUUUUCACUGCAGAGCAUCUGAAGAACCUGACAUUCAUAGAUGUCUGGGACUUUGCUGGUCAGAAGCUGUUUGCUGCGAUCCAACACAUGGUCCUGGCCUGUGAUCGAUGUGCAUAUGCUGUUGUAUUUGAUUCCUCAAAGAAGCUCCAGGACAGAGCGAAGCCGACGUUUGGUGUAGACGGUGAGGAACUGCCGCUUUCCAACAGCCUGGAGCAGACCAACUUCGACGUCAUGGAGACAUGGUUCAACGCUAUCCACGAGGUCAUUGGAGACAGCGACAACGUACCCGUGUUUGCCAUUGGCACACAUGUGGACAAGUUACCAAAGAAGCCAGAAGCAAGGAAGAAGGCAAUUGAAGAGACUGAGCAGUAUAUCUGGGCCAAUGCGGAGGGUAAAGCUUAUGCUAACAACAUCGACAAGGUGGUAUUUGUGGACAACACACGAGCUGGCAAGGAUCCGGAAGACCCAGCAGUUGUUCAACUACGGCAAGACAUCAUCCAGCAGCUGCAGCAUCAGUUCAGCGUUCCUAUUCCACUUCGUUGGCUUCCUGUAACCAUCUCCAUAGGGCACAUUGCAAAAUCAUUCGAACGACCAUGGGUAUCGGUUGACGAGCUACGUCGCUUGGCUAUUGCUGUUGGUAGCAUCUCCAGUGAUGAUCCUGAGUCAGAUUUCCAGAAGAUGGUGAAGUUCCACCAUGAUCUUGGUCAUUUGCUUCACUUUAUUCACAAUGCCCGUCUUCGUGAUCGUGUCAUCAUCGACAUCCACUGGAUUCUGAAAACCAUGUCACUUCUCUUUUGUCCUGAACCGAAGAGUAAGCAGAGCAAGCGUCUUCGUCCACAGUACGACUUGCUGACACAGAAUGGCAUCCUCCUGGAAAGUCUUGCCAUCCACCGCUGGUCGCAGCACAAUCGUAUGACAUCGCGCUACACGGCCACGGAAGAACAGCGUGAUUUCCUGUUCGAGAUGGGUGAGCACUUUGCCCUGUUCUACAACACCAAGACAACUGUGAAUGUACCUGGUCAGAGGAAGGAGGUGACGACUCGCAAGUUCUUUGUACCAGCUCUGGUGGAACGAGUUGCACGUCUUCAAGAUGAAGCGAGCAAAGGCAAGCCAUGCCCAGCAAUGUACUUGUACAGUGGUGCAGAUCGUUACUUUCCACAAACCCUGUUCUGGUGUGGUGUUGUGAGGUGUAUGCAACGCUACAGUCCAAAGGUGGAUCCAAUCCUCUAUCACACGUCAGCACGUAUUCUGGUGAAGGAUCGCUUCUGGCUUGUCAUGCAGUAUUUCCAGCAUGGCAUUCGCCUGUCACUUGAGAUUCCUGUCGCAGCUGGCACAGCUAAGUCUUCUACUAGCAAUGCUGGUACUCGCACGGAUGAGUCAGUUGGCUCUCUUGGCGUUGGUACUGCAGCAAGCAAGGAUGAGUCGGCUGCAGUCAAGAUUUGUCACGAGCUUCUACCGUACCUGGAGUCGGAGCUUGACAAGCUGAAGGCAUUCUCCCUGACUCACGUGAAGUUUGGCAGGGCUGUUCGCUGUCCAUGCUCGUUCAGCCGAGAUGCGUGUCGCAAACACAAGCAGAAGUCUUGUGUAGAGAUUGGCUGUCAACACUUUGCUCCAUUGGUGGAGGGAUCGCGUCCCCGUUGUCCUAGUGGAGCACGUCCAGAAGUGGAUAUCAGUGAUGUACGGCAAUACUGGCCAUGCUUUGCCGAAGACACACAGACCGCAGAGCUUUCUGAUACCGAGAAGCCAAUGCCGGCAAUGCCAAUGACAGUUGUGGAGCCCGCAGUCAAGGACAGUGAAUCGGCUAGAGGAGAGCACUUGGCACUGGCCACGGCCACGGCAUAUCACAGAGCAUUACGCAAACACUACACGGGAGUAAGGCGCUGCCAAGACAUUAACGUGGUCGACUGCAUGGGGAGUUUGCGAGCCGAAGGUCAUGUCAGUGAUGAUUGUGUGAAGGAAGCGAGAGCUCUGAUGAAGUCAAGUGGACACACUGUGGCUUUGGAUCACCUGUGCUGUGUGCUGGAGGAGCUGUCGGACGAAGGCAUGUGCUACUUUGUGGAGCGCGUGCUACCAUUUCAAGGUCUGUCUCAGCUGGUGGAAACAUUCCAGGCUUGUCCCGGUCCUGGAAAGUGUGCUCUGAACCACCAUGAUCUCCACACUGCUCCCAGUGCUGAUGUCAAUGGGAAAGUGUUGGAUGAAGUAGACACUGGAAGUGCUACUUCUUCUCCACUGAAAGACAAGGUGCAAACUGGGAUGUCUGAGCUUCACCAGGAAGUACUGCGUUCAAGCUAUGUGGAGUUGAAGUGUAGUUUGGACGUAGAAGAGGGCAUUCUGGACCGUCUCUAUGCAGAGAGCAUCAUCACAAAGCGCUUCUGCAAGAAACUCCGUGCUAUGUAUGAUCGUGAAGAUCAGGCAUCUGUCUUCUUGGAAGCACUGCCGGGCUGUGGCAAGCAGGCGUUCCGUCAGUUUGUGUCUGCUCUGAAAGAGAGUGAGAAGCUGGCCCACCAGGAGCUUGCUGAUCUCCUCCAGUUGAAGCUACUGGAGAUAUCCUCUGGUCUGUGAAGGUUACUCUGCUGGUGGACCCGCCAUGAGCUGCUAUGUACCCACAAUGAGCUGUACCAGUGAAUGGUGUGUGCAGACGCUACUGAACGCUCGCAAUGUUUCUGAUCAAGUUUGUUCUGGUAUUCCAAGACCUAUUCCAAUUGUGAUUUUUUACUGCAUUUUGAGAAUUUGCCUGGCAUUCUAACUGAUGUAGACAUGAUUGAAUUACACUUUCCUUCAUGCUAUAUUAUCGCUAGAAUUAAUUGCUCACUGAAAUGGUUGAAAAUGCAAGUUAGAGUGUAAUGAAAUCCACACUCUACUGCACUGCUAGUUUGUAUUUGCUAUCUAUAAUGUGUAUGCUUUGCUUUGUUGCACGGAAACGUGAUCCCUUUUGGUAUACGUUUUGAGCUGCUCAGCUGCGCUGAAGAGCCUAACUGUUGGUGGCUUAAUAUAUUGUAAUUCUACGAGUUUAUUGAUUUUACAACCUUUGUGCGAUUUCUCUGCGUAUCGUUCGAAUUUGCAAGCGUACUGUAUGUGUCAUGAUUUCAAUACUAUCGGAUAUCCUUGAUUCACCUUUCCUUUUAGCAGAGCUUAUAGUUUUUACUCUCUUGA